UUUUUGGAUUUUCCCCAUUUAACUUGAAAUUAUGUUAAUCAUUGAACCCUAGGGUAGUCGAUUGUUGCUUGUGUAGAGGUAUUGUUGGCUGAAAUGUCUUGAAUGUGGUUUGGGUUUAGGGCCGAUAGCUCAUUGUCGUUAAUGACGUUUCUGGGUAAAUACGGAUCACAGGUUUCCGUAUUGAAUAUGGAAAAUGGUAUUCCGUAUUCAGUAUGGAACAUGGUUUUCCGUAUUGAAUACGGAAAAACGUUUUCCGUAUUCAUCUCAGAACCAAACCCAACACUUAUAAUUGAUUCUGGGUUCAGAAUCAAUUAUAGAAGGUUUCCAAAGCAUUUGUGAGUAGUUUCUAGAUGCCAUAAUUGAUUAUUAGGAAAAUAAAAGUUGAUCCAAGCAUGCAUAAACCACAGAAGAUCCGAUUAUCAUCUAUGUACUUAUAAAAUUCUAGGAAUUUUCCAUUUGCUUGCAUCAUGUUUCUGUCUAUGGCUGAAAUGGUAUAUAUAGUGAAUGUUUGCUCUGAAUAUAUAGUGAGAAUGAAGAACAGAAAGAGGUCUCAUGCUUCUAGUGAGGAUGUCGGGGCUACUGAGGAUAGACACCGGCGGUUACAUGCUUCUAGCCGGCGCGGCGAUCAUGCUGCAACCUCUCAGGCGGUGGAGGCUUCAGCUCCAGUUGUUUCUCCGCCGUCUCCCAUGAUUGAGGUUCCUCUGGUUGAUUAUCCGCCGUCUCCCACGGUUGAGAUACCUACAGUUGAUUCUCCGCCCUCUCCCAUGGUUGAGUCAUCAGGCGAGGAGUCCUCAGGCGAGGAGUCUUCCGGCGAGGAGUCAUCAGGCGAGGCCUCAUCCGGCAUGGGAGGAUCUGACGAGGAUAGUAUUCCUCCGCCUACUGUUGAUGCUGAUGUCCUGCCGCCAAAGCAGGGGGAGCAGGGGGCACAGGGUGGCGAGGAGGACCUGAUCCAGAGGUUGCCGCCGUUUCCGGGGGGGCCUGUUGAGCUAUCGCUCCUCACCCAUUAUGCUGAUCACAAGGCUCCCUGGGCGUGGCAUGCACUCCUACGCACAGACGAGCGGUAUGUGGACCGUCGACAGUUGAAGGUGGCCACAGCUGGGGGGAAGGUUUGGAACCUUGCUUGUGAUGGUGAUUCAGACAGUCACAGGCGGGUUCGAGAGUUGAUUGAGCAGACGGGUCUUCAUCAGCUACCCUAUUGCAGCUACCCGGUGACAGAUGCAUGCCUUAUUUUGGCCCUUGUGGAGCGAUGGCAUGAGGAGACUAGUAGCUUCCACAUGCCGUUCGGGGAGAUGACUAUCACCUUGGACGACGUGUCGGCUCUUCUCCAUCUCCCCAUGGGGUCGAGGUUUUAUACGCCUGGGAGGGGGGAGAGGGACGAGUGUGCAGCGCUCUGUGCUCAGUUGAUGGGAGGAUCUGUUGGUAUUUAUGAGGCUGAGUUUGAUACGAAUAGGUCCCAGACUAUUCGCUUUGGGGUCUUGCAGACCCGGUAUGAGGCUGCGUUGGCGGAGCACCGAUAUGAGGACGCUGCACGGAUUUGGCUGGUGAACCAGCUAGGCGCCACGCUCUUUGCUAGCAAGAGCGGAGGCUACCAUACGACCGUCUACUGGAUAGGGAUGUUGGAGGAUCUUGGUCGAGUGUGCGAGUACGCGUGGGGCGCGAUUGCGCUCGCUACGCUAUACGACCAGCUUAGUCGAGCGUCCAGGAGGGGGACGGCCCAGAUGGGAGGUUUUAGCUCGCUCCUGCUAGGAUGGGUCUACGAGUACCUUUCUGACCGCGUCAUUAUCCGUAGGGCGGAUCCGGAGUACUCGCAGGACCAGCCUAGGGCGCGGCGGUGGGCUAUGUCCCGGGUCGGGCAUGCAGGCCUUGAUGAGAGGCGAGUCAUGCUCGAUGAGCUGACGGUGGAUGACAUUAUAUGGACCCCAUUUGAGGACCAUCGGGCUCAUCGACCACGGGAUCUGAGGGCCAUGUAUUCUGGCUACAUCCGGUCGCCAUUUGGCCGUGUUGUUCGACGGCAUCUACCAGAGAGGGUUCUGCGCCAGUUUGGCUUCAUACAGGAUGUCCCUCGACACCCCUCUGAGAUCCAGACGUCUGGGUCCCUUGCUAAGACCGCAGAUGCUGCCUUUGCUGAGUUUGCGCCGCACCUCCGCCCUCAAGGGAUCCCCGCUGCAUAUCCGGGAGAGGCUGAUCGGUUUCGGUUGAUCUGUCUUCGAGCGCACGCCUCACAAAUUCUUGAGUCGGAAUGA